AUGGGGGAAGGGAAAGAAAAGAAAUUCAAACGGGAAAAGGCGGACGCGCCCUCUCCUGGUCUCCUGAAGGAUUCGACUCCUCUCUUGAGACCUCCUGCUCCAGGCCAGCUCUUCGUGCGUGGCCCUCCACACCCCCCUGAAGUUAACCCCCUACGCAGGGCUGGGAGGGCUAAAAGUCAGUACCUGCCCCAGACCCAAUUCCUGAACGUUCCUCCUGCGAUUGUUAGGGGUGCCUGGGAGAAACACGCAAGCCCAGCGCCGGCAGUUGCGCUUUCCCGGAGGCACCUUGGGCCAGGCGCUCGGGGCUCCCCGAGGCCCGCACUCUGCCGGCGAGCCCCGGGCCUCCCCGGGUGGGCACAGACUUUGUGCGCCCCGGCUGCACCGCGUCCCGCCGCCCAGCGCCACCCUCGCCGUUCGCUUGCUGAGCCUGCUGCUGCUCUGCCUUGGCCCUCCCGGCCCGCGCCCGCCGCGGCUUCCAGCUGCCCUGAGUGGAGACUGCUGAGCGAUGGCCGCCGCACGGAGCUGGCCCAGGUCAUCCUGACGAGGUACUGGCGCUGCACCAGUAGGGGCACGGCCUUCACAGCUACCUGCUCGGGCGGAAGGGGGCCAGCGACGCGGGCCUCUCCUGCGCCGCCGAGAUCCAGAUGCCCAGCGACCAGGCUUGGGCGUCAUGCUCCAGGUGCCCCGGGUUUCAGGCUCAACCUCAGCGGCCUGGGUUAUUUCUCUUGCCACUGCCACCGUGGUCCAGGAUUACUCCUAUCUCUUCUUCCUCAGCACAUGUGCUCCUUGGUGCAGAAGGCCCUGUUUGAGGAGGAGGACCACAUCCAGAAGCUGCAGCAGAAGGUGGCCACCCUGGAGAAGGGGAACAAGCAGGUGUGAGAUCCAGUGAAGAAGGUCAAGGAGGUCCCAAGUGCACAAGAACGGCUGCCGCCUGGAGCUGCUAAACUGAAAGAGAAGCUGCCAGGUGGACUCCUGCCCAUCAGUACACAGGGGUGGGAGCCAGGGGAUGCCCCCUACCUGUGGGGAUAGUGAGGGGCCUUUCACAUGGAGCGAAAGGGGUUGUGGGUAGAUUUGUAGAUGAUAGUUUAUUAUUAUGCAUUGGGUAGCGUCUCGUUGGUGGGCAGGGCAAGUCUUGCUAUCUUCUUGGCUGCCAGACUCCUACCCUCCCUGACCUGGUCCCAGAUUCAAUGCUCAGUGUCAUGUGCUUGCCUGGGGCCUGUCACCGGCUUCCAAGAACAGCUUGGAAAGUGCACUUAUUAGGGGAAAAAAAUUUUUUUUUCAAAUCUCUAGAGGUACAAAAACUCAGGGAGUUCCACUUUUAUUAUUUCAGAAGAGAGGUAGAGUGGUCUCAGCACUGAGCUGCAGGACAAGUAUGAGUUUGGAGGCGUAAUCAGAAGCAAGUCGUGGAAGCUUCUGGUGUCAGUACACGUAAAUGAGCUCAUCACUGGUCAGGGAAUGGAGCUGGGAGUGGGGCAGUAGGUAACUAAACAUGGAGCUCACCUCCUCCAACAGAUACAUCAAAAAUACAUCUAGAUGUGGAACAAUUCUCACGGAACACCUACUGCGCGCUGGCAGGUAAAAGGACCAACGUUGUAGGACACAGCCCCAUAUACCCAGGUAAGUAUGAAAGAAUAAAAGAAAAGGAAUUGGGACAGAAUCGGCACCCCUGGGAGGGAGUCGUGAAAGAGAAAGGGUUCCUUGACCCUGGGAACCCCCUUCACCAGCUGGAAAGUCAACUAGGGCAGAAAGGAAGCUUCAAAGGCUCUGACGAGAGGGCAGCAAUAGAACUGUGGCAGGCAACACGAGAGCUUAGCACGGAUGGUUUAGGCCACCUCCUUGCACUCCCCGGCCUGAGAUGUGUGUCUGCUGGUGCAUGCAGGGGGCUGGAUGUUGAAACUUGGGCUUCAGUGGACAGACCUGAGGAGAGGGCUGGGUACUGGCUGCACAGAGACCUCUGGAAGGGGCUGGACUAUAACCUGAGCUACACCCAAGGGUGUGCACAGGGCGGAGCCUGGGUCUGCCAUAGAAACCCCAUGGUUAAGGCACGUGUGAAGGAAGGGCAGGGCCCCACCAUGGCAGCCUCAUUCUCAGCAUGUUCGGCUCUGCCUCUACCAGCCCUGGGAGCCAGUGCACAAAUGCCAGCAGGUUGUACACAGGCAGAUGCAGGGCUGAAAUCUGAGCAGUGUUCCAGUGGCUAUGCCAUCUGAAUUUACACCACCCCUGGCAGCUUCGUAAGCUCAGCACCUACAGGACUUCUGAGCAGAUUAUAUGUUCCUGUGACUGGGGUGAGUCCAGCAUUAAUUAGCAGGUGCAAGCUUUGCCAGUGCACAGAGGUGAGGCCAGGGUCUGGGCUGAUUCUGAAGCUUCCACGGUGGGUUCAAGUACCUGAAUGCACCAGAUCUAUGCCAAUAGAUCUGCACUGGUGGCUUGAUGAACACAGCACUUGAGGGCCACCCAGGCCAAUUGCCUGCAUGCCUGCACAUGAGGGAGGUCCAUGGGCAUUGCCAACAGUGUACUUUGAGUUUGCACAACAGGUGACAUGUGAUACCACUGAGUGUACCUCUUUGUGGACAGCUCCUGAGGAGGAAUACUCAAGUUUUGCUCUUCUCCCAGAAGUGCUCCAGUCCCACCUACCUCACACCAGAAAUGGCUCAGAAAUGGCUUCUCCUCCAAUAACUGGGGAACAAACAGACUCUGACAACCACAGAGCAAAGAGGCCCUGCACAACAUCCAGAGCAGGCUCUGGUUACCACAACACCAGUCACACACUAUCAAGGGGAUAACAGCCAGCACAGACUGAGGAAAGAUGUGGGAUGCAUCCAUACUAAAAACAGGCAUCACACCAAAAAUAUUAGACUCGUGUAGGCUAUACAGGGAUGCUCCCAUAUAUAAACAUCCCUCCAAGACCACAAAAUAGCUCUUUGUCCUAAACUCAUAGAGUCAGAGAAAUAGAAGUAAAAAGCAGAAGAACCACUCCCAAUGAAAAGAUCAAGAGAAAACCCCUGAAAGAACAAACAGUGAAAAAGACCUCUCCAGUCUACAAGACCCUGAGUUCAGAAAGGCGGUAAUAAAAGUACUAAAUGGAUUAGGAAAGACUGUUGAUAGAAAUACAGGUUAUUGAAAAAAGGAACCAGAAACUGUAAGGAGGAGCCAACUAGAAAACUCAUUUGCUGAAAUAGAAGCUGAGCUAAGUGCAAUGCAUAGCAAACUGAAUAAUGCAGAAGCACAAAUAAGUGAUCUGGAAUUUUGAAUAAUGAAAAUCACCCAAUCGGAACAGUAGAAAAACAAAACAAAACAAAAAAAGAGCAAUAUACCAGACCUAUGGAAUAAUAUAGAAUGUACCAAUCUAUGCAUAAUCGGGAUCCCAGAGGAGAGGAAAGAAAAAAAGAGGAUUGAAAAUAUAUUUGAAGAAAUUAGGGCUUAAAAUUUCCCAACCUAAUAAAGGAAACAUACCCAGGUACAGGAACCAUAGAGAUUCCUAAGCACUAUGAACUCAGACAGACAUAACUAAAAUAGCAGCAGUUACAGGCAACAAGAGAAAAAGUUAAUUUCAAGGGAACCCCUCUAAGGCUAUAAGCUGAUUUCUCUACAGGAACAUUGCAGGCCAGAAAGGACAUGCAAGGUAUGUUCAAAGUUCUGAAAGGGAAAAACCUGCUACUGAAGAUACCCUACCUAGCAAGAGAAUCAUUUAGAAUAGAAGGAGAGAGAAAGAAUUUCUCAUGAAAGAACAAAACCAAUACAGCAAUACCAAACCUAUCCCAAAGGAAAUAUUGCAAGUUCUCUAAAUAGAAAACAAGCUAGACAAUAGAGGAAGGAGAAACUCACAGUUGGGAAGUAAACCACUUAAAUAAGCCAGAGGUAAAAAAAUUUUGUGUGUGAAAGUGAUAACUACAAUGAACAAAAAAAUUAAAAUGGGGAGGGGAGUAAGAGAAUGUAGAUUUUUUUUUUAGAAUGUACUUGAGCCUGUAUAACUACCAGUCUAAAGCAAGUAGAUAUAAAAUGGGUUAAUAUACUUGAAAAACAUGGUAACCACACAUCAAAAACAUGCAAUAGAUUCAUGAAAACUAAGAGAAUAUAAGUAUAAUAUGAAAGAAAACCAUCAAACCACAAAAGGAAACAGAACUAAGGAGAAAUACAAAAUCAACUGGAAAACAAGGUUUACAAUGGCAGUGAUUACAUAUAUCAAUAAUCAUGAUAGAUGUCCAUACACUAAAUGCUCCAAUCAAAAGACACCCAGUGCCAGACUGGAUAAUAAAACACAAGCCCACAAGAUGCUGCCUACAAGAGAACCACUUUAGGGCAAAGGACAUACAUAGACUGAAAGUGAAGGAGAUAGAAAAAGAUUUCAUGCAAACAAAUGAUGAAGCGGGGGAUGCAAAAUAGACUUUUAAACAAAGGCCCAUGGAAUAUGUAUGCUGUGGUACACGGAAAAACUGGCCAACAGGAGCUUGUUCUACCAGCACAGGGAGCUCUAUCCAAUAUUCUGUGAUGAUCUACAUAAGAAAGAGUGAAAAAGAAUGGGUGUGUGUAUAUGAAUAAAUUAAUCAUUUUGUUGUGCAGCAGAAAUUAUAACAUUGUAAAUCAUGAAGAAAGAUAAAGGACACUAUAUAAUAAAGUGAACAAUACAAGACAAGGAUAUUACAUGCAUUUAUAUAUGUACCCAAUAUAAGAGCACCUAAAUAUAUAAAAUUAACAAAAGGAAUGAAUUGAUGGCAAUACAAUAAUAAGCUUUAAAACCCCACUCACGUCAAUGGACAGAUCUUCUAGAGAGAAAAUCAGUAAGACAACAAAGAUCCUAAAUGAUACAUUAGAUGAGUUACCUAAUUGAUAGUUUCAGGACAUUGUAUCAGAAAAAAUUAACUGGAAUACACAUUCUUUUCAAGCGCACAUGAAACAUUCUCUAGGACUGACCACAUACUAAGACACAAAACUGACCUCAGCAAGUUUAAGAGGAAAGAAAUUACUUCAGGCAUCUUUUCUGACCACAACAGUAUGGAAUUAUAAAUUAACCACAAGAAAA